CUGCUUACCCUCGGGGCAAGACCAAAAAAAAUUAAAAAGUCUUACAACAGACAAAACGCUCUUACCGAUGCCUACCUUGGCAGCAAUGACGAAGAAGCCCUCGAGAUUGAGAAUAAGCUGAAGAAUGGCGGCAAAUUAAAGUUUGCUGUUCGAGGGAGUUUCGCUAUGAACCUGUGUCUGUUUAUUAUCCAGGGCAUAUGCAGCGAUUUCGACAAAAUCGUUGGCAUUAUUUGGGACGGCUGCCGAUGCGUUUGUGAGUUUUUUCUUUCUCAUUUCGAAUCGCCGACGCUUUUCCGGCCUAGGAACCUUUAGAAGGGAGAGCUUGCUUACUGACUGCCGCAACUUCAGAUGGAUCUUGUGUCAUCAACAGUCAUGCUCAUCACCAGUCGCUUAGCCGCGAAACCAAAUGUUGCGAAUUUUCCAGUUGUAAGUGUGCAGUCUAGCUAAAAUCUAAUAUCCAAUCAUGCGCGAGAAAAUAUAAACUAAUGAUACAUACAGGGUAGGAAGCGUGUCGAGACUGUGGGAAUUAUCCUUUUCUGCGCACUAAUGACGACCGUCUCUGUGGAAAUCAUUGUAUGUUGGCUACUGGAAAUGUAAUGAAUGUUCUCGCUAACAAAAUCCAGAUUGAGCCGUCAAGAGCCUUGGGAAAUGGUCCCAGUGAUUCGGAGACCCUCAAAGUCAUUCCUCUCAUCUUUGUUGGCAUCGCAAGUGAGCAUCAUCCAAUAAAUAGCCCCUGAUCCUGAUCCUACACCAUGAAAAAAAAUGGUUCCUCCGCCUAAUCAUUGUCUAACAACCACCCUAGUCUUCUCCAAAGGCUGUAUCUUUGUAUAUUGUUUCUUACUCCGACGCUACCCAGCUGCGCAUAUCUUCAUGCUUGACCACAGAAACGAUAUUGCAGUAAACGGCUUUGGACUUGUGAUGUCAAUCGUAGGAACUCGUUACAACAAAGUGUGAUUCUUGGAUCCCACGGCUGCUAUCUGUAUCGCAUGCUUGAUCCUUUUGAGUUGGGCUAGCACAGAUUUUGAGCACAUGUGGUUUCUGGUCGGGAAGAGUGCGCCUCAGGAUUUCCUCAACAAGCUGGUCUAUAUGUCGAUUACUCAUGAUACUAGAGUAUUGAAGAUCGAUACUGUAGGUUUCCAUUAAUGUGAUUAGAUGGGCGAUGGACAAGGUUAACUUUGCGGCAAAUAGGCGAUGGCCUACCACUCUGGGGAUAAAUACUAUGUGGAGGUCGAUAUCAUCAUGGCUCGAGAUGAAAAACUGGAAGUUACACAUGAUGUGGCUGAGGGACUGCAAAGGAAACUCGAAGGUAUGCCCUAAAUAAUCAUCUAGCAACAUCGAAAGAGUCUGACGAUAGACAGGUCUUGCGGAUGUUGAACGAGCAUUUGUUCAUGUUGAUUAUGACGGUGCUCAUAACAUCGGCGAAGAGCACAGCCUAUUUAUGAUACAGCAGAAGCGAAGGAGCCGUUGA